GGGCGGGGGCUGCGCUGCUGCCGCCGCGCCUUCGCCUGGCUGCCCGUGCUGCUCAUCGCGCUGCUCCUGCUCUGGUCCUACUACGGAUACGUCUGCGAGCUCUGCCUCGUGACUGUGAGCAACCCUGUGGAGAAAGUGGCCUAUCUUGUAGUAUUCCAUAUUCUCUUUGUGCUCUUUGUGUGGACGUAUUGGAAGUCUGUUUUCACUCUCCCAGUACAACCAGCCAAAAAGUUCCACAUGUCCUACGCUGACCAGGAGCGCUAUGAGAACGAGGAGAGGCCGGAGGUGCAGCGGCAGAUCCUCGCCGAGAUCGCCAGGAAGCUGCCGGUGUACACGAGGACAGGCAAUGGAGGGAUCCGGUUCUGUGACAGAUGCCAGCUGAUCAAACCUGAUCGUUGUCACCAUUGCUCUGUUUGUGCCAUGUGUGUGCUAAAAAUGGAUCAUCACUGUCCAUGGGUGAAUAACUGCAUUGGAUUUUCUAACUACAAAUUCUUUCUACUGUUCUUAGCCUAUUCUUUGUUGUAUUGCUUGUAUAUUGCUGCAACAGUCUUCAAGUAUUUCAUUAAGUAUUGGACAGGUGAGCUGACCAAUGGACGUUCCAAAUUUCACAUCCUUUUCCUUCUCUUUGUGGCAAUCAUGUUCUUUGUAAGCCUGAUGUUUCUCUUUGGCUACCACUGCUGGCUCGUCAGCAGGAACAGAUCCACUCUAGAGGCUUUCUCAGCUCCAGUGUUUCAAAAUGGCCCAGAUAAAAAUGGAUUCAAUCUUGGCUUUGUGAAGAAUCUCCAGCAAGUGUUUGGGGAAGAAAAAAAGCUCUGGUUGCUGCCUAUUGCCUCUAGCCAGGGGGAUGGACACUUCUUCCCAAUGAGAGCUUUGAGUGAAGCUCAGAACCCUCUCCUGACAAAUGAGGAGCAGUGGGAAGAGGAUGGAAUAGAUGAAGAGCCUCAGGGUUCUGGUGAAGCCUCAUCCCUUGCCAUAGAAAGGGAGACAUAGCAGUGUGAAAACACAGUGAUGUAAGCUGGAUCAGAAAGCUUCCCUCUCAGGAGCCAACAUCCCUUCUCUUGGCAAGGACUUCAGUUUUGAGGGGCAGAAAACAGGUGGAUCUUCAAGAUGAGAAAACAUCCUGAAGUAUUGUCUGAUGGGAAUCUGCAUUCUAGAGUGCUUCUCCAGGAAUCCUGCUGUCCAGAUGUCCCAAGGCAUCAUAAGUUUAAAUUACAGAGUUAACAGAACAAUUUUACAGAGUGAUUUUGGCCAAUCUUCUUUGGCCUGCUCUCUUUAUUUUAUAAAUACUAUAUAUUUUUUAUUCAAAAGAGGUAAAAGUGUUGAUGCAAGUGCAUUUCCAAAGGCCUUUCCAUUUUGCAAACAUCAGGGACUCAACCUCUUGAAAUUCUUCCAAGCCAUAAUAUUCUUGGGGAUGGUUAUUUAUUUUGAGGCUGAUUCUCCAACCUUCCCUGACAAGUGGCAUUUUCUAAUGUGUUUAAAUUCUGAGUCAGUUCAGCUCAAUGCAAGAGAGACCCAGUUAAAUCUGGCACUAAAUUGGUAGCUGAGUUUAAGAGUGUUGAAAGCAAAAGUGCUGAACAUGCACAUGUACAUGUGCAGCUGUGAAUGAAAAUAAAAUAUUCACAUUGCCAGUAUCAAGAUUCAAGAAUAUUGUGGCCAUAGAUUUUUUUUAAACUUUUUUUAGGAGGGUGUUAUUGUCUUAGGGUUAUAGUGCUUUUGCAUCCUACUUGCAGGCUCCUAAAAUGCAAAAGGGAACUUCAGACAGUCCAGUUUGCAUUAAUUCCUAGGACUAAAGUAUCAUCUCAUUCCUGGAUCAGUAUUUGAUGGAGAUUUGUGUGUUCAUGGAGUCAAAAAGGAAGCAGUGAAUUUGAAAUGUGCACUGAAGUGUGGCUCCAAGAGUCGUGUUUGAAGUUUACACUCCACAUUUUGGCUUGAACCCCAAAAUGCUGAAGACACAAUUGAAAUAUUGAAUUUUUUCAGACUUCUUCCCAGCUCAGUGCACUGACUGGCUUCAGGGGUUUCUGCACUAAGAGGUGUUCAGAUUUGUUUCUGCAUUUUGCCGCAUUUACAGUCAAAGAGGUGCAUCCCUGUUUUUGUUCUGGGGAGUGGAACUGAAUGGAACUUGGCUGGCUGGAUUGUGGACAUUUUUCUAGACUUGAGUCAUUUUUUUUUAAUCUGCAUGAUUCAGCCCAGUCCAUCAUUCUUGUUUGAAUUAAGUGCAUGCUAAAAGUAUUGGUGUACUGCCUCUAAGAUCAUUUAGUACCAUCUUCUAUCCCAUUUUUGUGUUUGCUCAUCAGCCCACUGGUGUUGGCAGUGACUACAGGAGCAGCUGUGCAUGACAGGGGAAAGGAGCUGAUGAAUUUGGUGGUGGAGGAUUUGCCUACAGACUAAACCCCUUUUUCAUCUGUUCCUCUGCUGCUGCUGCCACAGGGAAUGUGUUUGUGAUCCUUGCAGAGGUUCCUUCCCUAAGAGUUUUUAACUCCUGGCUGACUGUGCCCAGUGGGCAGGAAUUGUGUCCCUCAGCCUCUGCAGUUCGUGUGGAGCAGGCAGUGCUGACCUCUGCCAUGUCUCACUGCUGAACUGGGCUGUGAGGGGCCAAGGUGGGCUGGCCCAGGCUGGUGUGGCUUUGUGCCUCUCCUCAGGGUGGCCCUGAGCACUGAAAACGUUCCUGCUUCAGCCACCUGAGCCCCAUCUGUUGAGUGGCUGUCACCAAACGGCUGCUGAGUGCUGGAAGGGCUUUUGCUGUCAAUCUAAAGCUGCAUUUCUAAUGGAAAUCUGGUGUUGGACCUUGUGCUGUGUGUGAUGCAAGGUGGCAGCUGAAUUAAUCCCCUCAUUCCUGGCAGAAUGUGCUCUGGAGGGGGGGAGCUUGAGAGGAUGAUGGCAGCUAAACACAGCCAGAAUUUAGCAC